AUGGAGCGGUCGCAGAGCCGCCUCAGCCUCUCCGCCUCCUUCGAGGCCUUGGCCAUCUACUUCCCCUGCAUGAACAGCUUCGACGAGGAGGACGCGGAUGGGGACGGUCGGAGACUCAAAGGAGCCAUCCAAAGGAGCACAGAAACAGGGCUGGCUGUGGAAAUGCCCAGCCGGACCGUGCGCCAGGCCAGCCACGAGUCCAUUGAGGACAGCAUGAACAGCUAUGGAUCGGAGGGAAACUUAAAUUUCAGUGGAGUCCAUCUGGCAUCUGCUGGGCAGUUCAGUGACUUCCUGGGCAGCAUGGGUCCUGCACAGUUUGUUGGGCGUCAGACCUUGGCCACCACCUCGAUGGGGGACGUGGAAAUUGGCUUGCAAGAGCGAAAUGGGCAGCUAGAAGUGGAUAUCAUUCAGGCUCGAGGACUCACACCAAAACCCGGCUCCAAAACACUGCCAGCUGCUUACAUCAAAGCUUACCUGUUAGAGAAUGGCGUGUGCAUUGCGAAAAAGAAGACAAAAGUGGCUCGCAAAUCAUUAGACCCUUUGUACAAUCAGGUGUUACUGUUUCCUGAGAGCCCCCAGGGCAAAGUAUUACAGGUGAUAGUCUGGGGAAACUACGGCCGCAUGGAGCGCAAGCACUUCAUGGGAGUCGCAAGGGUCCUCCUGGAAGAACUGGAUUUGUCAACUUUAGCAAUUGGCUGGUACAAGCUCUUCCCAACCUCCUCAAUGGUGGAUCCCACUACAGGCCCGCUCCUGCGCCAGUCCUCGCAGCUUUCCCUGGAGAGCACAGUGGGACCCUGCUGUGACAGGUCUUAGUGAGUAAGGAAGGGGGAACUGCUUUUGUUUUUUAAACAUGCUGUCAAGGUUUUGUUUGCUGGAACUCUGACCUCAAGCGCAAUGCAUGUUCAAUCAGUUCUUGUGGAGCUGGAAGAGGAGGAUAAACCAGUGACCUUAGACAGAAGACAAGGGGGAGGGUGCUGUACCCUCUCUGUCGGAGGAGGUGCCGUGGGGCAUGAGUCCUAGUUGUCAAAUUAGACAUACACCUCUUGUUUCGCUUCUCACUGUCAUUCUUGGACCCUUGUUUCAGAUCAGCAUUAACUCUGGAAAGUUGCAGCAUUUGAAAAUUCUGGGAGGAGUAAGGAAGGUGUUUUUCUUAACUGUGCAUCUUCAAAAUUUCUUAGGCAGAUUCUUUCUCAAAGUACCUAAAAAAUGCAGAGGCCAAUAUCUGACCUAGAAAGAGCAAGAGCAGAAAGUUUCAGAGGAAGCAUGAGUUUUUCAUAAGAUCUUAUGGAAAAAAGAAAGAAGAAAGAAACCUGUAAUUCUUUCUUUAGUGUCAAUUCCACAUCACUGAAUCACGUUCCCUGUAGCACUGUCAUCGCUGUGUUUUCAAACUGUGCCAAAUUACCAGCAAGUGUCUUUCCUGCAUUACUUGUGUAACACUGCUGAUGAAGCAUACUUGGUGGGAGAGUAAGCGCCUGCUUAGGCCAGGCAGUUUGAACAGAGUUUGAGUUUAGCAGUCUAAUGAUCUGCAAUUUUGCUCAGAAAAAAACCCCCAGACCACUAGAGGUGGGAGCUGAGCAUCAGACUUGCAGCUUGAGAUAUGCUUUAUCCCUUUAUACCCUCACUUGUUACUCUGCGUCCUUCAGUCACUUCUUCUGUCUCCUGCUCUUCUUUCAUCUCCUUUGUACCAGUACAUAUCUGCUGGAGAUGCUGCCCUUCCUGUCGUGCUAUUGACUGACCUGAAACGGGGCUGUUUUAUUCUGCCGCAGGAGAGUGAGAUUUGCAGGGGUGCAGAAGAAAGAAAUUUGAGUCUGUCAUCUGACAGGAAGGUGCUGAGAGCACAUAACCUUCCUCAUGGAAAGAAGGUUGCUUUAGGCACUCAGUAAUACGCAAGCAAUUCAGCAUGUGCUGAAAGAAGAGAUGCUGUCCCCAGAGUAUGGAGCAGUAAUGGGUGAGGAAGCUGAAGGCACAGUGGUCACAGCAUGUUUAUUUCAUUUAAGUGCAACGUUAACUGGAAAGGAACAUCGUAGGUGAACCUGUGAAGCACGUUCUCUGUCAGCAGAGUCAUGUGCUAGAGAAAGGCAAGCUAGAUCCUUCACUCAAUUAAAAUCUCUUCUUUGAAAACACUUACUAUAAAAAAUAACAGAGAUCUCCAAAGAUUUCCUGCUAAUGGCUAGAUUUUUUUCGUAAUUCUUAAUGAGGAUUUGGUGAUUGCACUUUCCAAAUAAGCUUUGGAGAUGUUUUGCUUUGUGAUUUAGAAGUGAAGGUCCCAUAUCAUGUUCAGGAGUGAGCAGAUCCUCAGCCUCUCACUGAGGCACUCAGAGCAUUUAUUUCUGCAUGCGGACCUCAGCUUUGUUAGAGUAAAGCAUGACUGUAGAGUGGGUGGUGAGAGCAGUUGCUUUUUGAUCCAAGCUUGUCUGUGGCGUUUUAAAUCAUUUUGAGGUAAAUUUCGGAAUAGGUACCAAACAAAUAGGCCUUACAAUAGUGUCUGUAAAAAUGAUAUGAUAUAAAGGAGAGGGAAGGCGCAGAAGGGACAUGGAAUGAAUGAAUAGGUUUUUAAGUGGCAAAAGCCUCAGCAUUUCAGAUAAAUCUCUUAAUUUCCUUGAUGAGAUAUGUCUCUGGCCUCUCGCUAAUUAUUUUUUCUAAUCGUAUUAGACAAUUUCUAUAUAUUAGCUGAAGAAAGUUUGUUGCAUGCUGGUCAAACUAUGUUGUGACGCUCAUUUUUUUAAAGAAGCACAUUUACUGUAAUUCAAGUCAGCAUCCUUUCCUCUUGGUAUGUAGUGAGUACUAGGCAAUAUUGUACAAUACAUGUAUGAACUAGAAUAGAUUAGGUAGAUUUAGUGGUUUGUAGCACCGGAUCUUUUAAUAACUAUGUCUUUAAGAGGACUGUGGGGAGCUGCGGGUUCGUUCCAAGCCUGGUCACCGAGAAACAGGGCUUCUGUUCUAAGUAGUGCUGAGCACUUCCUAUUGGAGAUUGUUUGACAUUAUCUCCUGGUAACAGCCGGUUGGUCAUCUUUGUCCUCUGUCAGUAAGAUGAAUGCAACGUUGCAGUCUUUUAUCCCCCCCAAAAUUCCCUCUGAAAUAUUAUUUAAUGCCUGUCCAUUGGAAAGCUCAGUUCUGCUAUGCCUGGUGAAUGCAACAUGUCUCUAAAUCCCUAAAAGUGCAGCAAGCUCAUAGACAACCAGCGUAGUUAAAACAGGACUCCUCAAUGCUGAGGAAUGUCUUCCAUUUAUUUGUAGUCAUUCUAAAAGUUUGUUGUCAGGGUUAGAGAAAAAAAAAAAAAAAA